AAUGACUACUCUUGUCUUCUGCGUUCUUGUGGCAGUCCUUGCUGGGGCUCAGGCUUUUCAGCCGGACCGCCGAGAUUUGCAGGCAGACGUCGUGGAACUACAGCAGAUGAUGGGGAUGUUCGCUAACAAGUUGGAGGACAUGGAGAAGACCAUGGAGACUGUGCUUGGCAGCCUUACGGCAAUAAUUGGCAGCCUUGCAGAAAACAGCAUUGGCAACCUGCCGCGAAACAAACGCCAGCUUCCAGUCGAAAACGGUGACUUGAACUUGACUGAGCAAACGGAUACAUCCUUCUGUACCGUGGGUCUCCGCGGCCCGCCCGGCCGGGAUGGUCGGGACGGCGCGCCGGGUCGGGACGGGGCGGCGGGAAGAGACGGGCAGCCGGGACCACAGGGGCCGAUAGGACCGAAGGGCGACAUCGGGCCGGAGGGACCUCCUGGGGAGAAGGGAGAGACAGGAGCGGACGGGAACGGAGGCAGUUCCGUGUACAUCCGCUGGGGAAGGACCACCUGUCCGAAUGACACCGACACGUCACUCGUUUACGAUGGCAUCGCAGGAGGCACACAGCACACCCACACCGGAGGAGGCGCCAACUACGUCUGUCUACCGAAGGAUCCUGAGUGGGGAGUCUUCAGGGAUGGAAACCAGGGAAAUGCGUACAUGCAGGGCGCGGAGUAUCAACUCAACUUUGCGAACCCAUUCCAAGGCGCCUCCCUCCAUGAUCACGACGUCCCCUGCGCCGUCUGUCACGUGGCGUCUCGCGGCUCCAAGCUGAUGAUCCCCGCCCGUCUCAGCUGCCCUAGCGGCUGGACCCAGGAGUACAGGGGUUACCUCAUGACUGAACACUACGCCCAUAAGCGCUCUGAGUUCGUCUGCAUGGACGGGGAGCCCGAGACCAGGCCCGGCGGACACGUGAACCACAACGGCGCGCUGUUCUACCCAGUGGAAGCCAACUGCGGGUCCCUGCCGUGUCCCAACUACGUGCAGGGUCGUGAGCUGACCUGUGUGGUCUGCACCAAGUAACGGUCUUGUCGUCAGCGACAUGAAACCAACAGCUCAAGAUUCGUAAAGUAGGCAUUGAUGCUUAAGCAAAGGAAAGUCAAGCUGUUUGCUGAAUAAAAUGUGCAUUGCAA